UCUCAAUGGGAACAAGCACCUUUUAUUCAAGCUUCCACAGAAGAAGCUGGUGGUAUAGUAUUAGAAAAAACCAAGAACGUGUUCGAGUCUAUCGUAUCCGAGACUGAAGAUGAUGAGAAAGUUGUUUCAACGCAGCAAAUUCAGGUUCUUAAAUGGCCAAUAUGGCUUUUAGGCCCAUCUGUUCUACUCACAAGUGGUAUGGCACCUACUCUAUGGCUUCCAUUGUCAUCGGUUUACGUCGGUUCAAAAGUGGUUAGUGUGCUUUCAUUAAUCGGUUUAGACUGCAUUUUCAACCUCGGAGCAACCCUUUUCUUGUUAAUGGCUGAUUCUUGCGCACGUCCUAAAGAUCCAUCGCAACCCUGCAAGAGCCAACCACCGUUUAGUUAUAAGUUUUGGAACGUUUUUGCACUCGUAACCGGGUUUCUCGUACCGACGCUACUUCUCUUGGGAUCCCAAACCGGUUUACUCCUUUCUCUCCAACCCGAGCUUCCCUUCUUGUCUGUGGCUGUUCUCCUCUUCCCUUACUUCAUCCUUCUCGCGGUUCAGACACUAACAGAGAUCCUCACGUGGAGCUGGCAAUCACCGGUUUGGCUAGUGACACCGGUUGUCUACGAGGCUUACAGAGUUCUGCAACUUAUGAGAGGGUUGAAACUAAGCGCAGAGGUUAACGCACCGGGUUGGGUGGUUCAUAUGAUUCGUGGGCUAGUCUCUUGGUGGGUGUUGAUCUUGGGGAUGCAACUCAUGAGAGUUGCUUGGUUUGCUGGUUUUGCAUCUAGAACAACAACAACUCAGCAACCAGAAUCUGUUGCUUCAGAGUAAAGACAGUUCCUUUCGUUUACCUUUGAAGCUAGUCCUAUCAGGAAAAAAAAGAAAGAUUUGUAACUACUGUAUGUGUAGCUAUUAUUGUUGGUGACUAUAACAAAAACAUAUUUCUUUUAUAUUCAUAUUGUUAAGUUGUACAUUA